UUUCAAUUGAAUAAGUCCUUAUCCGAUCGGUACAUUCUGGGACUCGUCACCUGGAACUUUGAUAUCUACGCUCAUACAUAAAACGGGUAUCUCAUCAUCGUCUUCAAGGUUCCCCUUUUCCUUCCGUUCCCUUUCUCCCUCCUCCUCCUCCCUCCCUCCCUCUGACCGCCUUCCGUCGAACAAGGAACACUGGGGAAUGUCACUCACGACAUCUUACGCUUCGCUUCAAAUCCUUGCAAGUGUGAUCCAUCUAAUAGGUGCCUCGGUUCUCGGAUACUGCUUAUCUCGUCGUACACCGCCCUUAAAUCGAUGGGAGCCGUGGAAGCAUCUAACAUGGGGAAAGACGUGUAUCAUUCUUGUGUUAUUGGAUUCAUGGAUAUUUGUCGUAUUCUCUGGUAUAUUAUCGACAGGUGUGGGAUUAAUAGGAUCAAUUACGACAUGUCAAAUCGCCAUUAUUCUUUGUAUUCUUUGUUAUGGAAGUACGAAGCUCUUCAUAUACGCGUUCCUCGUUGAGAAAGUCUACAUCGUAUGGUCAUCCGGCAACCAAACUCCACGGUUCCAAACCCCUGUCUAUCGAAUAUGUUGCACCGUCCAACUAGGUUACCUCGUCAUCUUCUUUUUGAUGAUAUUCGGACGAAAGAGUUUUAUGAAUGAAGACCGGGUGUGUGUGUUGGGCCUUGAAUCAUUUGCAACUAUCCCCCUCGUGGCCUACGACUUAUCCCAGAACGUGUUAUUCACUGGGAUGUUCCUGUGGCCGUUUUGGAGGUCACACCCGAUGAGUCCGAAGUUGAGGGCUAUGGCGAAGAAAACGCUUUAUGCGGCGUGCGGAAGUCUUACUGUGUCCGCUGUUAACUAUGUUGUCAUCAUUGCAUUGCAUGGACAGGAGAUAGGUUGGAUAUGUCUCGUUAGCUGCGUAACUGAUGUAACACUAAACGCACUCCUCCUGUUCUGGGUCAGCUCAGGAUCUUCACGCUCCGGUGAAUGCUGCGACCGGUUCUCCUUACCUCAGAUGGACAUGACUGCUCUCACCUUCCCCGACUUUCCCGAUUCAGAAGUGACGACCAUAGCGACGGCUUCAGCCUCCAUAUCCCCGACCGUACGAGCUGCCAACGCCAUUAGUACCACCACCACCACCACAACAACAACAAUAGCUGUGACGGCCCGGGCGACUAUGUUACGAAAUACCGUUCCUCCGUCACAGAAAAGUCCGACGUUGAUAAAGUUCCCGGAUGAGAUGUUUGAUUAUAUUCCGAGAGAUCAUCGAGAUCCUUUGGGGGAUGAAGAGAGUGAUGCUGUUGAGAUUAUAGUAGUUGGAGACAGUGACGAUGAUGAUGCAGAUACUCUGAGACCAGUUCCGGUUGGAAGGGACCUGGAUGUAGAGGCAAGUCAAAGUCCCCGGCGUAUAGAGGAUUCAAUACGCAAUACACGAUCCUAAUGAUAUACCCCACAUCGCGGAACCAUUUAUCACUUGUAAUAUACCGUCUACCAUUAUUCACCAGGCGAACGGACACACGUAUAAAAUACCAGUCAUUCUUUAACCAUCGGAUACCUACUUCUUGUGAUGUAAUUCAUAAUUGAAUGAAGGAUAGUGAAAGUAUAGGUAUAGGGC